AUGACUAAGUUGCCCAAACUAUUCCAUAUUUAUGAGAAGCAGAUCUUGCCUGCUAUAAAGGAGUCCACAGCGGAGGAAGAAAGGAAGAAGAAACCAGAGGCUGCACGAACUGCCCGGGAAUCUCUGGACCUGUUAUUUCAUAUGUCAAACAUUCUUGAGACCGGGCUUGAUCGUCACACGCUCUCUGUUCUUAUUGCUCUCUGCGAUCUGGGUCUGAACCCUGAGUCACUGGCUGCUGUAGUUAAGGAGCUUCAAAGAGAAACUCCUCCGUCAUCUUCCUCCUCCAUGCCAACAACUCCGUCUGUUCCUUAG